AUGUCGAAGAGCCUCGAGAGUGUCGACAUCGUUCAGGCUGAGAAUGAGCAUGGCGAGAAGAAGGGGACUGGCGAUGCAGCACCAACCUCUGCGUUUGCGGGAUUGACGCGUGCUCAAUGCGUCAGGAAGUUUUGGCAACUUUACAUCACUGGACUGGGUGUUUCCUUGGCGGGAAUGUAUGCUGGAUAUGCCAACUCGGUCAUCGGAAGUAUAAUUGCCAACGAAGGCUUCAUCGAGUACUUUGCUACCGUCAAAGAUCCACAAACCGGCAAACCAGCUCUCAACUCGCAGCAUAUCUCGCUCUGGGCAGCCUGUUACUUUAUCACCUGUAUUCUGAUCCAGUCUAUUGCUCCAGUCACCGCAGAUAAAUUCGGUCGGAAGUUCAACAUGUGGGGAGUGACCUUCUUUCUGACUCUGUCUAUUGUAAUCCAGGUCAUUGCACCGAACUGGUGGACUCUCCUUAUUGCUAGGCUCGUGGCUGGCUGUGCAGGCGGUAUGAUGGGAACAUCAGUCAUGGUCUACAUGUCAGAAGUUGCACUCCCUCAGUUCCGUGGUGCUCUUUUGGGCAGCUUCUCCCUUGCUUUCGCUUUGGGUCAAGUCUUCCUUGCCAUUGCCCUUAAGGUCCUCGAGGAAACGAACCCAAUGGCGUUCCGCCACAUCUUUUACUCGGAGUUCGUCUUCACUGGUCUUUGGCUUUUCCCUAUGCUUUAUCUUCCCGAAACACCCUCUUGGUAUGCGUCCAAAGGCAGACACGAAGAAGGUAAGAAGGCGCUCAAGCGGCUUGUCGGCAAUGUUGAAGGAUUCGAUAUUGGUCGUGAGUACUCGGUUAUCCAGUACGAGAUGGAUGAGUCCUCGGCAACCGCCAAAUCCGGCAACGAAAACUCAGACUGGAGAGCUCUAUUCAAGAGCAAGAUCAACAUGAAGAGAUCCGUCAUCUCAACACUUCCCUUCACAUUCCAAAAUGUGGUCGGAGUCCCCUUGAUGUUCGGCUACACUACUUAUUUCUUCCAACUAGCUGGAGUCAGUGAUCCAUUUUUGGGCAACAUGGUCAAGCAGAUGGUUCUUGUAAUAGGCAUCAUCAUUUCCUUCUACACUGUUGACAAGGUUGGCCGACGGACGCUCGUCAUCGGUGGUGGUGCAGCAAUGGCGACCAUCUGCCUCAUUGUUGGCGGGUUGGGUUUCAUGAAGCAGACCAGCGCUUCAGGGAUGGCAUUGGUCGCCUUGUGUUCUCUUUGGGCUUUUAAUUAUACCGUUCCUCUCAUGCUAUCGAAUCAGAAUGCUGGAUGGGGUCAAAAGAUCGGCCUGUUCUUUGGCGGUAUCACUCUGAUCUACUUGAUUCCUUGUAUCCUGAUGUUCCCUGAAACGAAGGGUCGAACGUACCAUGAGUUGGAUGAGCUAUUCGAACGACGCGUUCCUGCCUGGAAAUUCGCAUCUACAAAGACUUCACACCAAGAAGAGCUUCAGGCCAAGCACAGCGGAGAAAAGGUGUGA